AUGGAUAUAUGCAACGGGAGAAGUCGAAAUAUAACAACCCCAAGAAGUCUGCGGGCUUUCAAAAGGCUGGUUGAAGCACAGAACGCCAAAAUGAAGACGAAACGGGAGGUAAAACGAGAGGUGGUCAAAGUAUUGAGGGCGCUGGUGGUAGGGAACAACAACAGCAACGAAGACAUCGAUGUCCCUAUAGAGGAGGACUGUUUCUCUAUGAACUAUUCCAAGAACGAGAACCUGGAACAUGCUAUAGUUAUGGCACCACGCUACAAUCUGUUGCGGGAGGUAGGAAGGGGCAGCUAUGGGGUAGUGUUCGAGGCAAUUGCUCUGAGGACUGGGGCAAGGGUAGCGGUUAAAAAACUGCAGUGCAACGCUCCCGAAAAUGUGGAACUCGCUCUGUCCGAAUUCUGGGCCUUGGCAAGCCUGGAGACGAAGCACGAGAAUGUGGUGCAGCUCGAGGAAUGUGUACUACAAAGGAAUGGCAUGGCCCAGAAAAUGAGUCAUGGAAAUAAAAGGUCCAAACAAUACCUGCGGUUGGUGGAGACUUCACUAAAAGGUAACUAUCUAGCUAGGUAGGUAGUUAGUUAAUGUUUACGUUGAUAUAAUCCACAGCCUGUUUGGUUGUCUUGUCACCCUUUUUAAUGACAGUAACUAGUCUACAUGUCAUUGAUAAGAUAGCUUGCUAGUUAGAUCUGUGAUCAAUACAGAGCAGGCCAAUCAAAACAAUGGUUUCAUUGGCAAGCUAGCUGCUAGCUCAGUGUUUUACCAAUUGUUUGCAAAAAGUAGGCUAAUUUGGCAAAAGUGCUGAUCAGCAUAUCAAAAAACGAGGUAGAUAAGGGAAAUAAACCAAAAGUUUUUGUUUGUUUUUUUAAACACUUUAACACGUUACCUAUUGUUUCUAUUGGGCGACUUGUUAGAUGGGCGGGCAGUAUGUAAACAUCUAGAAUAGUUAUCCAUCAUUAUUGAUUUUGUAAUCAGUUGCUCAGUGUCAUACAUUUGUUUUUAGUAAAACGGUUUCCCCACCUAUAGGUUCACGUUGCCAUACUGUUGUAUAGGCACGGUGUAAGUCGCUCUGGAUAAGAGCGUCUGCUAAAUGACUAAAAAAUGUAAAUGUGUGCUAUUUCCAACACUUGAGAGAACACAGUGUUCUAGUUGGCCAUCAGUUAACCCUCUCCUGGUUGGUUGCAAAUUUGCAUACAUGAUACAAUUAUGCAAUCAAUAUUUCACGCAAUUUAUGAUAUUUACCUAUGCUAUUUCCUCUUAUAUUUAUUAUUAUUAAAUGUACUCUACUUAAUUGUAUUUUUUCCUAAUCAAGCUUAUUUAACCUAAAUGUGAAAUGUCUAUUAAAUAGGAGUAGAUGUUAUUUUAAUUUUUUUGAGAAACAGAUACUUAUGAAUAUUGUUUUUAAUCUCUAGGCUUAAUGUUCAGAGCUUUCAGCCCCUGUACUGCCUUUGCUGCCCUUUUUUAAAAAUAGUUGGUUAUGGGCAAUUCCAUGGUAACUAAAUUACGCUGAGACUCCGAUUAUUUUACUUCAAAAUAUUGCUGAACAAAAUACAUAGAUUUCAAAGUUUAACAAACCAUACAACUCUCUAGACAAGGACAACUUUUAACAAUUUCCAUUGAACAUUUUACAAAAACACAUUUACUGGAAGAACUGUGCAGAUGCAAAGUUUGGUAACAGAAUUACAAGUUUUCAUCACUUAAUUAUUAAAACAAACGUGAUAUCAGUAAAAAUACUAUAACUAAUUGGUAGGUAGGUCUACCUUUACUUGUUACUUCUGUGAACUUUCAUUAUCCUCCCUUCUCAUGAGGGAGAGAAAUUAGAAAAUAUCUUAAAGAAUUACAAUGCACAAGGCAAUGUUUCUUGAACUUACAGAAGGCAAAUAAUUUAUCAAACUAAAUAUGUGUAGGUAAUAGUUGGCAGAGGUCUUUACUUCAACAUUAUUGUGUUUUGAUUGAUUUAUAAUAACUUAAGACUUUUUCUGGUAGAUGUUUUCUAAGAUCCCUUUCCAUCUGCUUGACCAGAAAUCAAAGCCUUUGCUUAUUCCUAAUUUGUAGGAUGGAAAAUGGUUGAAAAAUGUUUAUAUGCCUUAAUUAAAAAAUAAAUAAUGAGAUGACUAUUAUCUUUCAUUUGACAUGCUCCUAUGAACUUCACGUUGGUGCACAUGGGUCCUUUUACAUGGAAAUGCCCUUAUGUAAGUGUCACCAUUCGGGCCAUUACACUUGUCAACAAAUGAAAUAUUAAUCUUGACUUAUUUUUAGCCAAUAGCCAUAAUUUUAAAGAGCCAUAAUUUUAAAGACAGAAGGUGCUUCUCUGGGCUAUAUAGUCUAAAAGUCAAUAGAAAUGUUUUGGCCAUUUUUUUUUACAUUAUCAUCAAUAUUGGUCAGGUUAACCCACUUUCUGCACAGAUUUGAGAGCAUAGUGUUCUGAAGAACAUAGGAUGAUCAUCAUAUCUAUGAAAGCUUGUUGGACAAUAUGUGCUCAGGUAACACACUUAAGCACUGUCUCAUAAGUAGGCUAGGCUAAAGGGAUACGGUGCUAUAGAGUUGUCUGCAAUGCCAUCUCACAAAGCCGCAUUGUGUUGCUCAGGGCUUGUCCAUCAGGAAAUUAUAAACUUGAUCCCAUCUUUGGACACGUUUCUGUCUGAGUUGAUAAAGUAAGGUAGUUGUUGUAUUGUAUCUUGCACAAUCUGCACAAUUAGGUUACUCCCUGCAUUUUAUAAACUGAAAUAAUACAUUUUGAAACAAGUUUUAUUGAAAUUUCCCCAUAGAUUUUCAGAAAACUCAGAAGCUGCAUGAGAAGAAAUGUUGCAUAUUAGGACCUUACCUAUAUCAGCAAGUCAAUUAAUGUGUUAGCCAAUACCAAAAGAAGUGGUUGGCAUAGUGGUUUUUUCAACUUCUCUCUAUCCUUGUCCCACUGUAGACUUUGUUCACAUCCUGGGGGUGUGACGUUGUUGAAGGCAGUGCAGGUAUGAAAAACAAUUAGGAUAAAGGGGGUUAUUGGGGUACUGUUUCCAUUCCCAUUUAAAUCUCAGGGUCAACCCCCCCAUGUUGGCGAGACUAGAGGGACUUGGCCUUGACUCUGUCUGAACGGAUUUGUAGUCCUAUAGCUUGCAUUAGUUCACCUCACCCUCCUCAGCUCUCAAAUAUGCCGACUAAGCCCAAACAUUGUGGGGCACAGACAUAUUACCCGUGUUUGCAUUGAGUUGUGGUCUUUGGACACAGUCCCAUAUACCCUAGCCAAGAUCAGUGCAUCGCUGAUUGCACUGUUGCACACAGCCCUAUCUUAAUGUGUGUAGAUAGCGCGCCACAGUUUAUUUAGGCCUAAGCAACAAGUCCCAUUUGUUUUCAUAGCAAUCGUUGCACAUGAUGUGGAAGGGGGGCGGGGUUAGUGUUUUCAAAGUGGAAAGCCGCUCAAUACGAUGGCAGCCUACCCUUGCUAAACCCGCUUUGAUGUUUAAAACCUGAUUUUAACUUCUAAUGAGCAUGCAUAAAAAUACUGACUUAUGACUCGGCAUCGGAAACACUAAUCUCGUACCAUAUGUUACUUGAUCACUGUGUCAUCUCCCUCAGAUCUGGAUCAAAUUAGCGAGACAGUGUUUGUUUUGGUUCAAGCAUUUCUCUCCUCCACUGUUGCCUGAACAUGUUGUUUUAAGGACGCGUUGCAAGUUGGGGAUAAUGCAGAUUUUUAUUUUAUAUAUAUUUUUAUUUUAUUUUACAAAUUGUUCUUCUUCAACAGUGUAGUCCCAGAUCUUGGUCAAAGAAGAUAAUGGGGAAUUAUACCCAUUUGUAUUUGCUUCCCAUCGAGAAUGGUAGUCUACUGGUUGAUGGGGACCAGAAUCAAACCAUAGACCCUUACAUGCUGACAUGGCACAUUGUCCUUAGACGCCCUGAAAGUCCAAAUGGCUAAGCCCAACUGGAAUUAAUCAGCCUGCCAAGAAAUUCCGAUAAGUCAUGAUCAAAUGUGAUGUGAGUGUACCUGACAGGUAAGCAAAGGGCGUCUGUCACUCAACUCAGCCCAAGAAGAAUAGGGCUUGUUUGCAGAGCACUGAUACCAUCUCCCACACUCACGCAGAGGAGGAGGAAGUGGAGGGCUGGGUUUGGCUUGGGAAAGCUGACGAGCCCAGCUGAUCUGCUCAUCAACAGGCAAAUAUAGUGUUAAACUACAGGCCCCUGAGGAGAUGAUCUGUCAGAGCAGGAAAGCUACGCAGACGCUCGUUAACGCACGCAAGCAGUUUAGAUGAAAUGAUCGAAUAACAUGUAUGUGUUAUUUAUUUUGCAACACGAGCACAUGUAACGCGAGCAGUGUGGUCAGCAUGUUAGAGUCCCAUUCAUUAGACUACAUCACUCUGUGAUUUGUUGUUUUUCCAAGUUUUUGUCAUGGCACACUUGAAAUCCAUAUUGUCACAGAUGUGAUGAAAAGCACCAUGGUGCUUGCAACCAGAUUGGCUUUGUGUUCCCUUCGGUCUUUGUUGCAUGCCCAAAGCGGCGAGUCGUACACUGUGUUCUUUUUACGUCAUCCAAGAAUCAUCUCAAGGCAGAGCAGGAGUGAGCGGGUAUCCGAGGCCUCCACAAUGUUACUGAGCUAUAAUAAACUAAGGCUAGUGUGUGAGGCCUCUCACAGCCAGGUGUGUAUGUUUUUGCUACCCUUUAAUGCCGUUUUGUCUUUCCCCAGGUGAGCGGAUUCUGGGCUACCCAGAGGAGCCGUGCUACCUGUGGUUCGUCAUGGAGUUCUGCGAGGGCGGGGACCUCAACCAGUACAUCCUGUCACGGCGACCCGACCCGCGCACCAACAAGAGCUUCAUGCGCCAGCUGACCAGCGCCGUGGCCUUCCUGCACAAGAACAACAUUGUGCACCGCGACCUCAAGCCCGACAACAUCCUCAUCUCCCAGAAGUCGGGCUUUCCUGUGCUCAAAGUGGCCGACUUCGGCCUCAGCAAGGUCUGCGCUGGCUUGGGCGCCGGUGGCAAAGACGGCGAUGAGCAUCCCACAGAUGGUGGCGGGGGCAGCGGCGACAACAAGAACGUGAACAAGUUUUGGCUGUCGUCGACUUGCGGCUCGGACUUCUUCAUGGCACCCGAGGUGUGGGAGGGCCAUUACACGGCCAAGGCGGACAUCUUCGCCCUGGGCAUCAUCAUCUGGGCCAUGCUGGAGCGGAUCACCUUCAUCGACGCUGAGUCGAAGCGCGAGCUGCUGGGCACCUAUGUGCGGCAGGGCAGCGAGAUCGUGCCGGUGGGCGAGGCGUUGCUGGGGAACCCCAAGAUGGUGCUCCACAUCCCGCAGAAGACACGCAGCACCAUGUCGGAGGGGGUGAAGAAGCUGCUGCAGGACAUGCUGGCGGUCAACCCCCAGGACCGGCCCGACGCCUUCCAGCUGGAGGUGCGGGUGGACCAAGUCACGUGUGCUGCGUGA